AUGUCUGUCAGCAGAAAGGACUGGUCUGCGCUGUCCAGCCUGGCCCGGCAGCGGACUCUGGAGGAUGAGGAGGAACAGGAGCGUGAACGCAGGCGGCGGCACCGCAACCUGAGUUCUACCACUGACGAUGAGUCUCCCAGGCUCACCCAGAAUGGAGACCAGCGGGCUGUGGAGAGGCUGCCCAAUGUGGAGGAAGCAGAGGUGGCCAAGCCACCACCCUCAGUCUUCAAAGAUGAGGUCGAGGACAUCCAGACCAUUCUCAGGACACAGCAUGAGCGGAGGCAGAGGCGGCAGGUGGUGGAGGCUGUCCAGGAGAGGCCGGAAGCAGAGGAGGGAGAAGACAGCUUGGCCCCCGAGCAGGCCAUGCAACAGCCACUUGUGCCCAAGAAGGACCUGGAGCCCCUGCCUCGCCGGAGACUGAGCAGGGAGCAGCGGGGCCCCUGGGCCCAGGAGGGAGAGUGUUUGGAAGGCCAGGAGUCAGGAGCCGGGAAGAAGGGCCUUCCAGAGAAGACCUUGGUUUCUGAGAAAUCCCCUGUGGUAGAGAAGACGGCAGUGCCAGCCAAGAAACUGGCCUCAGAGAUGGCUUCUACUUCCGAGAAGGGGCCAACAGCAGAGAAAGCAUCCCCGUUGGAGAAGACGGCUGCCUCAGAGAAGAGAGGCAGCCCAGGGAAGCUGAUUCCAGAAAAACAAAGUGUCUCAGAGAAGUUGCCGGCCCCUGAGAAGACAUCUGUGUCCCAGAAGACAGCGGUGUCAGAGAAGAGGUCCAUGUUAGAAAAGAAGUCAGCUCUAGAAAAAGCCAAUGUCUCCGAGAAAAUGCCAGAGAGGAGGAUGGUGUCUGAGAAAGCAUCUAUCUUUGAAAAGUUACCAGUCUCAGAGACAAAGCUGGCCACCAAGAAGGCAGCAGCCACAGAGCAGCACCAGGCUCCUGUGAGAAGCCAGGACAUCACCAAGGAGCCCAGAGGAAGGGCCUUCCCUGGGAAGAGCCCAUCUUCCUCAGUGGGCCCGGACCCUCCGACUGUGGCUUCCCACCUCCCUCCCAUCACACUACAGGUGAAAAUCCCCAGCAAGGAGGAAGAAGCAGACAUAUCUUCGCCCACCCAACUCACCUACAGCAGCUCCCUCAGACGCUCCAGCCCCAGAACUAUCUCCUUUCGGAUGAGCUCCAGGAAAGACAACUCAGAAACAACCUUAACCCGCAGUGCCAGUGUGAGGCUGCCACCCAACACGGCUAAGAUAGGAGAGAAGCUGGAGCAAUACCAUACAGCCAUACAGAGAUCAGAGUCCAUGAGGUCUUCAGGCUCCCCCCGCACAGAGUUCUUUGUGGCUCCUGCAGGUGUAGCCAGCAAGCGCCACCUCUUUGAGAAGGAAAUGGCAGGCCAGAACCGCACAGAAGUAGCCUCCGGCCGGAAGGAGAACUUGAGGCUGUCUGGAGUUGUGACAUCAAGGCUGAACCUGUGGAUCAGCAGAACCCAGGAGUCUGGAGAGCAGGGCCCCCAGGAGGUACGGAAAGAGUUGGCAGCCACCAAAAGGACUCAAUGGGGAAAGAAAUCAGACUCCUCACUGGAUGCCGAGGGCUUGGCUCACAAGCCCCAGCCCACAUGCUUGCUUAAAGCCUUCUCCAUCCCCUGCCCUCGGCCAGUCCCUGCGGAGGCUGAGCAGACUCCCAGGAUCUGUGGGCAGCCUCUGGUCAGAGGGAGAACAGAGACCAUGUCUGACGUGGAGGAGGUGGUGGAGGAGUACGACGA